AAUGGAAGUUUAUCGUUUGGAACCCAAUACCACAUAUGAAUUUCGAAUAUGGGCCAACAAUCAAUUAGGAAGUGGUGAAGUUGUUACAACAAAUGUUACAACAUUACCGGAAACAAAAGAAGAAGAUUUAAUACGCCUUAUACAACCAGAUUUAGAUAAUUUUGAUCCACGUAUAUGGAUUGUUGCUGUCAGUAUAGUACUUGGAACAUUUGUGAUAUUAGCUAUUGGAUUAUGUAUAGUUCUAACCAAAGAGUGCUAUCAAUCAUCUCAAGCGGGUACUGAAACAAAUUCUAUUUGUAUUAAUAGUAAUCAAAAUAAUCAAAAAAUUUCAUAUUUUAAUAAUACUAGACAUGGUAGUAGUGAUGUUUCAAAUAAUAUUAUUGUUGUUGUCGAUGAUGAUAGUGGUGGUGAUCAUAAUCAUGAUCUCGAGAAUCUCCAUCAUCAGCAGCAUCAACAUAUUAUUGUGGAUGUUGUUAAUGCUUAACUUAAAAUUUUAUGUGUUUUUUUGGUUAAUUUUUUGGCUGUAAAUAGUUUUUUUGUGUGUUUACAGUUAUUUACAAAAAUAAUGUGAAACUUAUAGAUGCAUUUAUAACCAGCAAUAUAUUUUUUUUUUUUUUAAUUUUCUAUUGAGACUAUUGCCAUGACGAUAGUUCAGACUAUAGCUAAGACUAUAGUUAAAAAUAUAAUUAACUCUAUAAUACCGAUUUAUGUCAACACUAUAAUCCUGAUUAUAGUGUCACUUUAGUCCAGUCUAUAGUGAGUCUAUAGCCUAGACUUUAGUUAAAACUAUGUCCACGACUAUAUUUAAGACUACAAUCCAGACUACAGUUAGGACUAUAGUUAAAGCUAUAGUCCAUACUGUAGUUAAGGCUAUAGUCCAGACAAUAGUUAUUACCACAUAUAUAGUCCUGACUACAGUGAAGACCUAUAGUUUAUAUAAUAGACUAUAGUCCAGGCUAUA